AUGGCCAUGUCUUGUCGGUACGCCGCCCAGAGCUGUGCUCGCCACCUCCGAUCCGCUCGCGCUACCCGGGCACCCACACAGCUUGUCAGAGUCUCAGCUGCCUCGAGGAGAUGGAACUCAACCGAUGCCGCUCCCGCCAACCCCAAGAUCGAAGCCAUUGUCGAUCAGAUCAGCCAGCUUACUCUCUUGGAGACUGCUGACCUUGUUUCAAGCCUCAAGACCAAGCUCAACAUUCCCGAUAUGCCCAUAGGCGGCUUCGCUGCUGCUGCUCCCGCUGCUGCUCCCGCCGCCGCCGAAGAAGCUGAGGAGGCUGCUCCUGCUGCCGCCGAGAAGACGCUCUUCACUCUCAAGUUGCAAGGAUUCGAUGCCCCAUCCAAGGCCAAGGUUAUCAAGGAGAUCAAGAACAUGCUCGGUCUGAGCUUGGUGGAUAGCAAGAAGUUCGUCGAGAGUGCGCCCAAGAUGAUGAAGGAGAACGUCCCGAAAGAAGAUGCUGAGAAGAUUAUUGCCGCCAUGAAGGAGCUGGGCGCCACUGUGGUUAUGGAGUAA